AUGACAGUCACAUGGUUCGUUCUCCUCGCAACAAGAAGUGAACUGAACAUUCCUGCACCACUGCAGAUUGUCUCCGGUAAUGAAUACUAUCAAGGAUACAAAAGUGCCGUCGACCUUUUCAAAUCAUCGCUUGACCUAACUGUUAAUCCCUGCGAUGAUUUCUACCAGUACACAUGUGGCCAUGCUGGAUCAGCAAUGAGUUUCGACAUCUCGGACGCUGAGAAUACGGAUAAUAUGGUGAAACAACUGACGAACCUCACUUACGUAAACUCCUCGCCCUCUCCGGUGAAGCAAGUGGCAUACUACUUCAAGCAGUGUGUCGCAGCCAGAAUGGAUUGGACAAACAUAGUGAAAAGCGGAAAGAUGGUGAAAGACGCCAUUGAUCAGAUGGCUGCAGGAGAAAGUGACUUCGCGAAUCAGACACAAUUUCCAUUUUACAUGUUCUACCAGAAGGAGACUGUGAAACCGUUCCCUGACAGAAUUGGAUUGGGAUAUUUGCUAGGUUACCCAGCCGGUGCACAAGGAUCACCAAAUCUGGUUACACCCUUUGUGGAUACAAACUGGAAAGAUCCCCAUGGGACGAAUGGUUAUGCGUACUACAUUGAUCAACCUACGACGUUGCUACCAUACACAUAUCAUGUCAAGGCGUGGGACCAAUAUCAGAACGCGCUAUUAAACAGCGUAAUCGGGAAUAUGAACGCGUACGCCAAGUCACAAGGGGUCACGCUGGAUCAGAAAACCCUUGCCGCUGAUGCUGCCAGUAUCGUCAACUUGGACCACCUACUCGCGCUAACUUAUAGUACCGACGACACGACGCGCAGACAGUUCGAUCGCAGCUAUAACCCAAUGACCAUCGCCCAGCUUAGCCAGACCUAUCCAAAAAUAAGUUGGCAUGUUUUUGUACCAGAAGCCGUCGGGGCCGCUCAGCACGUUAUGCAACGAGUUCUCGGCGAUCCUACAUACAAAUACAUUGUGAUGGAACCAGCCAAAUUGCAAGCGCUUCAUGAUAUGCUUGGUAAUGAGACAAUUGUUUCUGCUCGUACUAUUGUCAAUUAUGCGUACUAUCACAUGGUAGAUGCCCUAGCUGAUUUCCUACCUUCGGUAACGUACGCCAAUGCACGUGUAUUCAUUGACAAAAUCUAUCCAACAAGCGAAUCUCGGAUUCAAAUGCGUCAGAAUGUCGCCAAAGUCGCUUCUAGUAUACUUAUAGGAUUCCGUUCUAUGCUCGAUCAGCUGGACUGGAUGACAGCAGCCACAAAGAAGGGUGCUUACAACAAGAUCGACAACUUGGUCAAGAAUAUCGGCUAUCCUGACUGGAUAACUAACGAUACACAGUUCACGACGUACCACAAUAACCUCAACAUUAAUGUGAACAAGGACGACUACCUCACGAUGGUGUCGAAGGCCUCAGCAUUCUCUUUGUACACAACCUGGGACUCUCUCGUCGCCGGAGCGGCCAAUCGCAUAGAUUUCAACGGGCCACCAGGGACAACGAACGCAUGGUAUCAGCCUGAACUAAAUUCGAUCACUUUCCCUGCUGCCAUACUCCAUCGACCGUUCUAUGACCCGACGUGGCCAACUGCGGUAAACUUUGGAGGACUCGGAGUAGUCGCUGGUCACGAACUUACACAUGGGUUCGACGAUCAGGGAGUGCAGUGGGAUGGUACUGGAAUUCUCAGCGGGUGGAUGGACGAUACAUCGAAAACUGCUUUUGGGAAGAUGGCUGACUGUGUGGUAAACGAAUACAACGGAUUCUGUCCAUUGAAUAAAACUACAUACGGAACAGCGGCAUGUUUGGAUGGAGCUCAAACUCAGGGAGAGAAUAUCGCCGACAACGGAGGAAUCCAUGCGGCAUAUCGUGCAUAUCGCAACUUCAUCAACCUCUAUGGUCCCGAUCCUCAACUUCCAGACGACCUGCUUCAAGAGUUCACCGCAGAUCAGCUGUUCUUCUUGGCCUUUUCACAGGUAUGGUGCCAAACACCACCUCCAGCCAGCGUAAUGGAACGUCAGAUCCUUGUGGAUCCGCACUCGCCAUCACAGUACAGGGUUUGGGGAACGAUUCAGAACUUCCCUGCCUUCAAAGAUGCCUUCCAUUGCCAAUCAACGGCUUAUGCUCCCGACAAGCACUGCGACGUGUGGGUAUCCGAUAUCGAUUCCUCGUAUGGUGAACCUGUUGUCAAAAGUGAGCUGAACGUCAGGACAAACAAUCAGAUAACGACCAGUGACAUUGACAAGUAUAAC